AUGGCUUCAUUCAAGUGUCUGGUAAGUGACNUCGCCACCAGUUUUCUUAAUCCGGAACGUGUUUAUUAGUCCAAACCUUCACCAAAGGCUCUUUCAUUUUCCCUUAUACUGACAUUGUCCCAUUGUAUAAGUGAUUUUUCGAGAGUUCAUUUCUCAAAUAGAUUUUCCUAAUGCACUACCCGUAUGAGUGGCUGGAAUGACAAUUUAUAUUAAAUUGUAUUUAAUAACGAUCGUGGAUAUUUUUGUCUUGACAGAUAUUCAUCGCCUUGUGCGUCUACACCGCCGCCGCCCAACAUGUGGAACCCACCGAAGACGGAGCAAGAGUAAAGAAACAGACUUUCAUCGCUCCGGCUCGUAAGUAUAGGAUAUUAUUAUUUUCCGUGUUUCGGCAAGUCCUACUUCUGAACUCGUGUUAUUCAAUAUAUUUGUAUCACAUAAAUGCAUCGAAUAAGAUUAUUUUUGUAUCUUUUUUAAGCGAUUGUGGCUUACUCCUCCGCCCCGGGCGCUUACUCGUACGGAUACUCCACUUACGGCGCCUUCCCGUACUCUUACCCGACAGCCGCUUACCCGGCAGCUGCAUAUCCGGCACCGGUACCGUACGUAGCAAAAGCCGCUUACGCCGCAUACCCCGCUUACCCGGAAAAAGCCGUUUACGCAGCUAAAGCCGCAUACCCGGCUUACGCUAACGACGACGGUAGCUACUGGCCCGGCAAGUACGAAAAGACCUACGUUCCAGCUGCCUACCCGACCGUCUACCAUUACUGA